UGUUUUCAAUUGCUCUAUGGAGCUUCCCAGCGGAGAAUCGCGCGGAAAAUGUUUAUUAACAAAUAGGAGGCUGUCGAAAUAGUGAAAAAGAGUUUACUUGCGGUACAGUGAAGACAGCACCUGUGAUUUAAGAAGUGAAAAUCAGUGCGGGACAGCUAGCAACAGUUCUGUGUUGUUGUUAUUGUUGCCAAGGUGCCAAGGCCGAAGGAGCGACAGAGAGAGAGAGGCCGAAAAAAAGAAUCUGUGCUAACAAAAACAAAGGUCCCCAGCCAGAGUCUGCCAUGAGCCGUCUCCUGGAGAAGCCCAACAUCGCCAUGUCCAUCAAGUCAACGGGUAGUCAACUCUCGAGCACCAUGACCACGGCCUCGACGACGUUUUCCGCGGAUGCGGAGGAUGCGGACACAUCCCGCACGCAGCUGACCCCAUUCGAAACAUCCGGAUUUGUCACCACACCCGCCACUACAGUCACUCCCAGUGUCAAAGUCACACCCAUGCGCCAGAAAAUCGACCAGGUGGUAAUCAGCCUGAUAUCGGGAGCGGCGGCGGGGGCGCUGGCCAAGACGGUCAUCGCCCCGUUGGACCGCACCAAGAUAAACUUCCAGAUCCGCAACGAUGUUCCCUUCUCGUUCCGCGCCUCGCUGCUCUACCUGCAGAACACCUAUACCAACGAGGGCGUUUUGGCCCUGUGGCGGGGGAACUCGGCCACGAUGGCCAGGAUCGUGCCCUACGCAGCCAUACAGUUCACGGCCCACGAGCAGUGGCGUCGCAUCCUGCAUGUGGACAAGGAUGGAUCCAACACUAAGGGUCGUCGGUUUCUGGCUGGUUCCCUGGCAGGAAUCACCUCGCAGUCCCUGACGUAUCCCCUGGACUUGGCCCGCGCUCGAAUGGCUGUCACAGAUCGGUAUACAGGCUAUCGGACCUUGAGGCAGGUCUUUACCAAGAUCUGGGUGGAGGAGGGACCGCGAACCUUAUUCCGUGGCUACUGGGCGACGGUUCUAGGCGUGAUUCCCUAUGCGGGCACCUCAUUCUUCACCUACGAGACUCUUAAGCGGGAGUAUUAUGAAAUGGUCGGCAGCAACAAACCCAAUACUCUAGUCUCGCUGGCUUUUGGAGCUGCGGCAGGUGCAGCUGGACAAACUGCCAGCUAUCCAUUGGACAUAGUGCGACGGAGGAUGCAGACGAUGCGGGUGAACGCGGCCAGUGGAGAGCGGUAUCCAACCAUCUUGGAGACGCUCGGAAAGAUCUAUCGCGAGGAGGGCAUCAAGAACGGCUUCUACAAGGGUCUCAGCAUGAACUGGAUCAAGGGCCCCAUUGCCGUGGGCAUCAGCUUCUCCACCUACGAUCUGAUCAAGGCGUGGCUCACCGAGCUGUCCAACUUGAGACGGGUCCAAAAGUAGCCCCUGGCCCCUGUCAUCCACAAAACACCACACCAAAAACGCACUGCUUUGUUCUUAAGUCUCGUGAUCGAUGGAUAAGUUGAGGAGAUAGGAGUGCAGCACCGACAUGCUCUAAUUGUUAGAUAUUUUUAGCUGUUAGUUGUGAGGGAAAUGCGAUAAGGAGAAGACACCCGAAAGCGCUUAACUUUGUUAUUAACCGUAAUUGAUUUAUUAUCGCCGUAAGCCGAAAGUAUAUCAGCCAAUAAACUGUCUGAAUAAUGA